AUGGCCGGCGUGCGAGGUAACAUACGGUCCUUCAUUGCGCCGAUCAAAGGAUCUGGUCGAACUGCUCCGGUCCUCCUUCAGGACCUGACGCUUUAUGAGCCAUGGCAUCACUCGCAAAACGCUCCUAACCUGCUAGCUGACUCUCCGCUCAACUUCGUGCAUGCGCAACAUUUGGCGGACCUGAUACCUCUUGAGACUUGCAGACACAAGUUUGGAUUGAAAACGAAACAAUCGAGGCUUCCUGUGUUGGACGAGAGACCUGGACCUCAGACCAUAUGGACUGUGGCAGCAUUCUGUCAAGUAUGUCGCGUGCAUCUCCAUGUCAAGGUUGACUACACCAUCAAAUUCGAUGAAGCGCCAUGUCCAAACGCUGAGCAUCCCUUACACCACCUGGUGAGGUCGGAGUUUCAGGAACCUUUGGAGAGAAAUGCAUGGAGAUGCCAAAAUCCAAAUUCGCAAGACGAAAUCUAUACCUACAAAUGCUCUUCCCAAACCUGCGCCGCAACAGUCACGGUGCGUCUGAGUCCUCCGGUCCUCCGUGCGAGUGAUGUCUCCACUUUGGUAGAUCCGGACUUGCUUCGCCAAAGAACAGAAGAGGCUUUUCGGGAGAGGGAAGGCCACACGGAGGGAAUGAAACAUCCUGGGCCCGUCGAUGUAUUGAGUGACCUUCGAGCCUACAUAAAAAACGCAUGGAAGGCGCAGGACGAUGCGAAAUAUCGAUCGAUCAAUUUGGGAAACAGAAGAUUCAUUGUUCGAUUUGGACCAGAUGGGAUCGCUUGCAAGGACGUGCUGGAGCAUCUCGGAUUUGUUCUCGUGCCCGGGGAUCGCUGGAAAGUUCCAGAGCCAGAUAUGGAUGAUCAUCAACCGUUUCAAAGUCCUGUGAACAUCUUGUUAGACAACGCUGAGCACGAGCUGGUGGUGCUCCUUCUUUCCCGGCCUUACGAGGAACGACAGCAGUUGCAAGAUGUCUCCCCCCCUGUACCUGCUGACAGAGAACUCUCUCGUGCCCUUGGCUGUCAAGAUUAUGAUACCCAUCCCUCUGGCAGAACUACAAAGCUUCCACCGGAAAUGAGACCUGCAUCUUUCACUGCUCUCGGAUGUCCUAUGGACCUUUCUGAUCCACUGGUUGCAAAGGCAUACCACUGGCAAGUCGAAACGGAUCCUGGAAAUGCACCGAUAUACCUGACCCAUCUCCAAUACAUUGCGGCUCAGCGUCAAAGCGAAACUCUUGAAACUGAAGUAGCUCUGGAGAGUUCACAAGGCCGAUUUGACGCAGAGACUUUAAACCGAGCGUACAGAGUUUUCCAACUAGGGGGACGAGAGGGUGCUUUAAAUGAUGAGGAUGUCAUUGGCUCUUUCACAGCCACGUUAGCCGACUCUCCGAAUCAUGAACAUGAACUGAGAGAAUACCUGCGCAUCAUCGGUGUGCAUCGCAACAGCCGUCGAAUCCUGGACACUGCGAAAAACAUUAUCGACACCUACGAAGAUGCUCUUUCAUUUCUGGGGGCAUGUCAAACAACAGAGGAUGAGCAAAUUCAGGCACUGUUUGCUGUCAAGAUGACCGACAAUAAGGCAAUGGAGGAUCAAGCCGCUCAAGCAGUGCGCAAGAUUGCUCAACAUCGCCAGAGCCUCUUUCUCUCCAACUGGAUUAAUUCUGGCUUUUCGACCGAAUCGCAGAUGGAACCUGCCGAAGGCUAUCAAGCUCUCCAGAUCCAGAACCGAGAGAUCGAGGAUGAGAUGAUCAUGCUUCAAUACAAUAUGGCUGUAGAGGAAAACCCCGGUAGCGUCGAGUAUUACAACAAAGCGCUCGCCGCCAUUGCAAAUGGGCGCGGAAGUUCAGCCUUGUUAGACCAUCUUCACAGUCGGACCCCGCAAGCCCCUCAAGGAACACUCGAGGAACCCGUUGGACUUGAAAAUAUUGGAAACACCUGCUAUCUGAAUAGCCUGUUGCAGUUUCUCUUCACUGUGACUGAAGUCCGACAUCUCGUCCUUGAUUUUGAUGAUUACAAAAUGAGCCUGGACGAGAGAAGCAUGGAGCAGAAACGUGUCGGACAGCGAAAGGUUAGUGUCAAGGAGGUCCAGACGGCUCAAAAGUUCGUCGCCGCCCUUGCCGGGCUAUUUAGUGGCAUGAUCGAAACACCGCAGUCCUCAAUCAGACCUGAUCAGGAACUUGCACGACUAACACUAGAAACCGAGAGCGUUAAGGAAAAGAUGCGCCGAAGAUCCACUCUCAAGAGUGAUCGACCUAGCUUGGGUCAAAUUGACAACCUCCCUCUGCUGGGUCCUUUGACCAUGGCCGAGUAUGAGAGGAAUGGAAUGAUCGAUAACGCCAUUCUGCAAUCUCCUACCGAUGUUGAUCAGGCUUUUGGCACUCUCGUCGAAGAUAGCGUGGUAAAGAACGAGACAGAUGGUGUAAAAGAGAAUGCAACCGAUGACGACCACGACAUCGACGACACCACGAUGGCUGACAACUCCAGCGAAGCCACAUUGGUGUCUAAGCCUGACAGUGAACAAGGCUUACCAGAAGGCGCAAGCAAAGAAGAGCAGCUAGCGACUCUAGAAAACAAAGAGAAUUUGUCCCCUCAUAAAGCUGCGACGUCUCCGAAAGCGACUUCUGGACAGACUGCUGAGCCCCUUGUCCCAACGUCACCAUCAAAAUUGAAUCCACAGACUAGAGCAUUGCCUUCGGCAACCGCACCAGCCGAAAAUGAUGGGAAGACAGAGCCCGUGAAGUACCAACCGCCUCCAGGAAAACCACCUCCGGUACCGCCAAGGAAACCCAUUCCGAACACCACGGCAACACUAGAAGAAUAUGCUCGUCAGCAAGACGUUACUGAAGUCAUGAAUCAUUGUAUCCUUCAGCUCUCCUGUGCCAUGCGCCCUACUGGAUUUGACAAAUCUGGAGAACAGCGUGAUGAGGUGCAUGACCUCUUCUUCGGACAACAGACCAUCCACACUCAACCACAAAAAGCAGAGCCGCAACCGGUACCAUUUCUCAACAUCAUCACCCGCGUCUACCAACAACCAAUCGACGUAUAUGCUGCAAUCGACAACGAAUUCGACAUACAAGAUGCACUGGAUGGGACCAGGGCGUAUACCUCUGUUUCACGUCUUCCACCAGUUUUGAGCAUUGCUCUUGACCGUGUGUCAUGGAACCAAGAGGCAAAAAGCCAGGAGAAACUCAAUCAUCACGUUGAAGUGCCAGAAACAAUCUUCAUGGAUCGAUAUCUUGAGAGUGCCAGUGAUUCCGAACUAAUGCAACGUCGCCAGCAGACCUGGGAGAUCAAGAAAGAGCUAGCAGCACUCUCCACCCGGAGAGCUCUUCUAGAAGAGACACAUGGGCAAUCGAAGGAUCUCCCAGGGCUUCUAGAUGAUGCGAAAGUUGCUUUGGAGUAUUUAGCUGAAGUCCCGGGCGACUCGAUAUUGGGGGAUCUCAAUGUCAACCCCAAUACCAUUGCUGCGCUUGGACAAAUGGCCGAAAAUGCGCGAUCGGAACUCGAAGAAAUCAGAACUCGAAUGGAUCACCUAAGUCAACAAGUUAAGGAAGCAUUUGUUGAUAUGCGCAAACACCCCUAUCGCUUACAUGCUGCCUUCUUUCACCGCGGAAGUGCCGGAGGAGGCCAUUAUUGGGUCUACAUUUUCGAUCACAAGAAGGAAGUCUGGAGGAAAUAUAACGACGACCGCGUAACAGUCGUGCACAAUCGAAAUGAGAUCUUUGGCAAACCUACUCAAGAUAGCUGGGGACCUCCCCCCAACCCGUACCUGCUGAUCUACAUCCAAGCAGACCGCAUUGACGAACUGGCCCAGACAGUUAAGAGAGAAAUCAACUAUCCACCACCUGACGCGCCGCCCCCAAUCCCAGCGCGGAAUCCCCCCGGACAGCCCCAAGGAGAUGUGGAAAUGAUAGAAUACGUCAACGGCGGUGAGCAGGCCCAAGACCCUGACCCAAAUCCUUAUGAAAUAGAUAUCGUCCAUCCGCCAACCCAUCCGAGGGUGCAGAAGGAAGGCGAUUGGGACGACAGUCAGCUGAUCGCCGAUAGGGGAAUCAAUUGGUGA